AUGAGUUCAGGUUAUCCGUGCGGUGUCAGCAGAAUCGCACUUGGCGCCGCAUUGAUGCGCAUACGAUUCCCUGCCCGAGUGGUUCGGAACUGUGCCACUUUCUACGCAGGUGCUCAAUAUGCAAUAUUACGCUACUACGCUAGAUCUGGACUUCCACUUGGGUUCGUCACCGUGGUGCCGUUCUCGUGUUUGCACCGCUCAGCUGUGCAUGAGAUUGCACCCGACAGUGUCGAACCUCCACAAAAGAUCUGCCUACCGACACGUAAUGCGUCGAGCAAGAAUAUAGGGAAAAUUGAGUGGCCGUUAUACGACCGCAACCUGAAAACGCAAGCUUUAGCAACCCAAAGUGAUUUUCUGAGAUGA